AUGGGUGUGAUGCUAUCGGUUCUAGUGGCCAGUGUAGGUGCGAUGGAUCUCAUCUACUGCCUGGCGUACGUCUCCAAUCAGGUCCCUGAAACCGACCUGGCCAUUACUUCGGGGGACGAAGGCGCGGUUUCUGCUGGGAAGAGUCAAGAGCUCGAUCAAUUUCGGGCUUCCGUGCGGCAGCAAAUCGAAGAGGCACCUCGCAGCACGGUGGAAGGUGUGACAUAUGCGCAGGAUGGCGUGGCACACCGAGACGGGUAUCGGCUCGAGCCAUCCGAAGGAUCUGUCCAGUUGGACGAGCUGUUGGUUAAGCUGCGUGUGCUUGAGCGUAAAAGCCAGGAGAAAGAUCGCCAGCUCGAGCAGAUGAGCGUGCAAAUGAGUGAGCUGGAACAGAGCACGGUUGAACAAAGCCUGAUUAUCGAAGAGCUUCGAUCGCGGUCUGUUAGCCGAGCGCAUAGUGUUGAACCACCUGCUGUACAUCGAACCGCACUGUCUCCAACCGACGCUGUGCCUCAGAUUGUGCUUAAUGCACCAACCAGUGAAGGUGGCAAUGUUAAUGCCUCUUUAACCGAAGAACCUCGCCCAAGCUCGAGUAAAUUCCGUCCGAUACGAAGAGAUGAUGGGUUGCGUAGGUCGGUGAAAAGACGCUCGGUGACUUCCGUCACCUCGCAGGAGGACAGAACGGACGAACUGGAGCGGUUGAGCCAGCUAGAGGACGAGGAAUGCGCCCAAAUGGACGACUACAUUCCGAUCGUGUACAACCGCGACGAGCAUGAUCCACUCAAUCGGCGGCACAAUAUCAGCCCGAUCCCGGAAAGUUGUCUCCACCACGAGGACGACGAGCGGCAGUGGGUUCCGGAGCGUUCCCCGGAACCAACUCUCGCAGCCAACAUCACCCGCCCAUGGGGUGACAUCAAGCUGGGUGAGAUGAAGGAAAAAGCCGUACUACGACCUUCCCGUUCCAUGUCGAUCGAGGAAGAGGACGCCGUGGAAGGUGCCCCGGCGGUGGUGAAACUGCACGUGACCGAGACCAAAAGCGCCCCCUGCCGGAGCUCCCAUUCCAGCACACCCGAAAGGACAUCCGGUGAACCGACGUUACGCCGCACGACGAAGGAAGCCGACCUAACCAGCCUGCUUGGCGCACCAGAAAGCAAGGCAAGUAGGACGACCGAAAUCAUUGUGCAAUCCGCCGACGAAUCGGAGGAUGAACAGGAGCAGGAUGAAGAGCGCGAGUAUGGCGGUUCCGACUCCGACGGUACCGCCCGUCCCCGUGCCAUCCCCCAGUUCAUGCAAUCCAAGUCCCCAUCACCGUACGCGGACGGACAGACGGGUUUCCUUGCGCACGAGCGGCUUCCGUUGGCUGACAUCUCGAACAGGCUCGUGCCGCUCGUGGCUCCUUCUGUGUCCUAUCCUUCCCGUCCCAGGUCACCGACACCGUACGACGAGCCGGGGUCCUCCCGCGAAUCGACUCCCACCACCACCACCUCCCUGCUACCGUCCCUGGGAAAGCUCCCGAAUGGGUCCGUUUCACGCGACAGCUCCAUCUCACCUUCUCAUCCUGCAAGGCAACAGCGCACACCACCAUGCAUGUCCUCAUCGUCGUCGUCCUCAUCGUUGGCAUCCUUGCCGGUGCCAGUUCCUGCUCGCUCGCCGUCCGCAGAUCGUCAGUCCGGCGAUCGUUCCCGGAGCGGCGUGAGUCCGGUGAGCGAUGCCGAGCGGUUGCUGCUUGAGGUUGAUGCCGGCACAGAAGGUGAUACGGAAUGUGACAACGAACAGCAGCUUCUGUCGGUACCGACGCUAGGUGGACAGCCACGCUCGAAAUCCUCAUCCCGGGGUCCUUCACCGUCGGCCUCGCCGAGGCGCAAGUUUAAGGAACGCAAACGAGUCGCACGCAGUCUCACACCGAUCGACUUUGAUCAAACGUUUAUGGAUAACUUUGCCGACCAGCAUCUCUCGGUGUCGCCCUCUGAGCUGGAGGACUACAUCAACAGUAUGGAUGAGAUCCGGUUUGUGCCACCGCCGCUGGUUAAACCGAGUUAUCUGUAUCCUCGGGCUCCACCAAGCCUCGUGUUGACGGAUGAGCUCGGUACGGAUGCGCAGUUCCACGACGAGUUGUCCUCGAAGGCAUUCUAUGGACAGAGCCACCCGCACUCGGGCAUCGAGCUGAAUCACCGGGUGAGCUAUGUGGAGUGGAUUAAAAAGUUUCCCGACAACCAAACGAGCCACCUAGCGCUGGAGGAUUUCGACAGUGACGACGAGGAAGUUGAGAGUAUCAUCCGUCAAGCGAAGGACGAAAACAAACCAUUGUUUCCUACGGACGUACCGAAGUCCGCUGGCAAUACGCCUCAACCAUCGAAACCGGAAAUGCCGCCAACACCCGAGAACGCAAUGAAAACCGGCAACACCGACGGUCGGAACGAGUUCCCAACGAACGUAACACCGGCCUACGCCACUCCAUCACCCGUGUCGCUUGUUUCGGACCUGUCGGACCUUUCCUCGCCAACUUCCGAAAUUUCCCAAAGCUCCCUUCCCUCACAGAGCCUUUCAUCUUCCCUUGCCCUUGGAUCGCCGUUGUUGAGCAGUUGUCACGAUAACCCACCACCAGCACAUCAUUUCACACCGAUACCUUCACCGAGCCUUACCCUGUCAUCUGAGAGUGACGCACAGCAACCUGCACUACAAUCACGAACCUCACCACAGACUAACACGCCGCUGCGGCCAACGCUUAUCCUGCCACCUGGUGUUGCGUCCCGAACACCGUCCGUGUCUCCGCUGCCGGUGGACAUUUCGGCAGAGGAGUUGGUCUUUGAGAUCGGUCAUCUUGAUGGGCUUAUCUUCGAAGCGAGAAGUCGUGAACCUACACCAGCCCGAUCGACGAGUCGAAACGAUCAACUGCCGUUGCUCAGUCCGGAUGAGUUGGCUUUUGACAUUGGAAACAUGGGCGGGUUGAUCCUUGGACCACCGAGUCGGGGUGCUUCACCGAUUCCACCACCAUCGCCAACACCUUCGGCAGGAUCUCCCUUACCGUCCUCAUGGGUAGCCAUCGAUCAGCAUGGUGGAGAAACUCUAACAUCGGCAGCACCUCACAACAAUACACAGUGAAACGAACAACGAUAAACCAAUGCGCACACACACGCACACACUCACCGAACAUCGAACUGAAUCCUUGUGGGGAGUCAUCACAACACCUCGCAGAAACGUUCCUUUCAACCGCUCAACCAACAAAGGCUUCUCGAUCCUUCUCGCGCAUUGUCCUUUCUUUUGCUGUUAGGGGCUGUGUUGAAAAUAACAAUAAAUUGUGGAACUUUUGCGAAAGAAAGCUUACUACGGCUGCUAAUGCUAUCACCAAAAACUAACCUCUCUUUGCUGUGGUCCCAACAAAGCGUACGCCCGCUGUCUUUGGGUGUGAGUGUUUACUUUGUCAUAGCUAAUAUACUUCCUUGCGUGUUUUGGCAGCC